AUGCGCUCUCCAAAUAUAUACCAUUACCCGUUUUCUUUACUGCGCCGUCUACUUCCGGAACGUGCACUGUGCCGGAAACUCAAGAGACCUACGGAGACUAACUUAGUCAGCAGUAGACCUACGGAGAAUAUCUUAGUCAGUUGUAGACCCACGGAGACUAUCUUAGUCAGCAGUAGACCUACGGAGACUAUCUUAGUCAACAUUAGACCUACGGAGACUAAGGUAGUCAGCAGUAUACCUACGGAGAAUAUCUUAGUCAACAGUAGACACACGGAGACUAUCUUAGUCAACAGUAGACCCACGGAGACUAUCUUAGUCAACAGUAGACACACGGAGACUAUCUUAGUCAACAGUAGACACACGGAGACUAUCUUAGUCAACAGUAGACCUACGGAGACUAAGGUAGUCAGUAGUAGACCUACGGAGAAUAUCUUAGUCAGUAGUAGACCCACGGAGACUAUCUUAGUCAACAGUAGACCCACGGAGGCUAUCUUAGUCAACAGUAGACCCACAGAGACUAUAUUAGUCAGCAGUAGACCUAUGGAGACUAUCUUAGUUAACAGUAGACACACAGAGACUAUCUUAGUCAACAGUAGACCCACGGAGACUAUCUUAGUCAACAGUAGACACACGGAGACUAUCUUAGUCAACAGUAGACCCACGGAGACUAUCUUAGUCAACAGUAGACACACGGAGACUAUGGAGACAAUCUAG